UGGCCUUCCUCCCCAGGGUACUGGCAUGUCAGAUGCCUACACUGUCUGGCAUCUCCUGUCUGCCCCCCCCCACCAAGAGGGAACAAUGAGGCCACUGUGACCCCUGCAGGAUUCUGAUGGCCUCACAAUGUCCCUCUGAGGUCACCACAGAGAUAAUCUUACCACCCCUGGCACUCCCAGCACAAGUCUGCUGAGGCCAACUGUGGGAGAUCAUCCUUGCUCCUCCCUCCAGCCACCCAAGGGAAGGAGUGGGCUGGAGCCCUACAAGGAAGCCUCUGAGGGAACCAGGAACUGGGACGCACCUGACCCACCCACCAAGAUCUUCCAAGCCAGUGGAGAUUUCCAGCCGCCAUCCUGGAGGUCCUCACACCCACCUCACUUCCCCUGCCCCAGGAAGAGAUGCAGAAAGAUACUUCACUGCUGCCCCCAUCUAUGCCUUCAGCCUCAAACACUGUCAUGGGUGGAGGCCAACAGGCCAGUGGGUCAGAGGUCCCUACCAACAGUGAGACCGGGCACCACACCUGUCCUAAAAAGCCCCCGAAGCCCAGCAUGUCCAAGGUGAUCAUGGGGGCUAUGAAAGAGAAGGGGGCACGCAGCCGCAUGUCCCGGGCCGCACUGAAGAAGGCUCUUACCACCAUGGGCUUCGACAUGACCCGCAAUGCCUUUCACUUCAAACAAGUGCUCAUGGGACUGGUGGACAAGGGCGUGCUCAAGCAAGUGACCGGCAGGGGGGUCUCGGGCUCCUUCCGCCUGGGCAAGAAGUGGGCCACCAAGGCCAAGCUCAAGGCCAAGAGACAGCAGCGGCGGCGGCGGCGGCAGUCUGGGCGGCGCCGAUCUGGGCCGCGCCAGUCUAGACAGCGCAGGUCACUACUGGGCUCCAAACAGGGGCACAAGCGGCUUUUCAAGAGGGCUCGCAGGGUGAACAAAUGCCACCGCAACUAAUGAGGCAGGUCAGGCAAGCGGCAGCAGUGCCCGGCCUGCCAUAGGCUCAGUGCAGUAGCAAUAAAAGGAGCCUAACUUAUUUCA